AUGCCUGCGAAACGAGACGGAUCAAGCGGAGAACGGCGGAGCCAAAGGCAGCGUAUUGAUCUGAGAAUUCUCAAUCAAGAAGGAUUUGAUCGUAGUGAUAUGGAGAGAGCUCUUAGAGCUAGUCUGGAAGAAAGUAAAAACCUUCCCAAUGCGACAGAUCCUGUAGUUUUAAUACGCGAUGUUAAGAAAAAUCAAAAAUCGUUGAAAACGAAGAAACCUACAAAAAAAACUCAGGAAAAAAUAGGCACCUCACCUGUAACUCAGAAAAAAGUGAUAGUUGGAAAAGAAACUGUAGAAAAGCCAAAGAAGGCUAAAGUUGUGAAGCUGAAAGAAAAAGUUACUGUCGAGAAGAUUUCCAAAGGAAAUGCAGUUGAAGCAAAAAUUACAAAAUCAAAAAAGAAAGUAGCCGAAUCUCCUAGCUCAGAUGUUUUACCGAAACCAAAAUCUACUGUGAAAGCAAAAACUACUGUGAAAACCACUAAAAAAAAUACACCAAUAAAGAAAAACAUUGUAAAGCAACCUCUCAAAAAGUCGAAACAAUCUUCCGACCGUAAGAGAAUGGCCCAUACUCAGGCAUCCGAUUUCAUAGCAUUGCUCUCUAGGGGAACUAAAAUCGUUAAAGGCUCGGGAGCCACUGACUAUGUGUUGUUCUUCUAUGCUGUUAUGCUUCGACUGAUCCUACUUUCUCUCUCUUUCGUUUUGUCGUUGCUUAUAUUUCAAUCAGGAUUUUUACUGAAGAGAGAAGAGAUUCAUGUGAACAGUACCUGCUUGGAUGUGAAUAUUAAUAGCUCUGAAUGCUGGCUUCCAAAGCAACAUGGAAAAAUUUUCCUACUGAUGGUCGAUGCCCUUCGAUAUGAUUUUUUGGAGCCGAGUAAUUUAACAUCAUCUUAUCGAGGGCAUAUGAAAAAUGUGGAAAGACUGUUGUCUAACGGUGCUUCAAUUGCUAGUAUGAUGGCAGAUCCACCCACAACAACUCUUCAAAGAGUAAAAGCAAUAACAACAGGAACCUUACCUACAUUCAUCGAAGCUGGUAGUAACUUUUCACCUGAUGCUCCUAUACUAGAAGAUAAUUGGCUCACCCAAGCUAAGAGUCUUGAUAGACAAACCUUCUUUUAUGGAGAUGAUACAUGGGUAUCUUUAUUUCCUAACACUUUCACCAAAUCAAGGGGUUUUCCCAGUUUUAACAUAAACGAUUUGUAUACUGUAGAUGACAAUGUUCGAGCUCUUGUUCGAACUCAAUUGAAGAGUCAAGAAAAGAUGGAUUUGAUUGUUGCUCACAUAUUGGGAGUUGAUCAUUGUGGACAUAAACAUGGACCGCUGCAUUUCCAAAUGAGCCAUGUUCUUAAAAAGACAGAUGAUUUCAUUAUGGAGCUGGCAUCAUCUCUAAAUAACGAUGAUUUGUUGAUAGUACUCGGGGACCAUGGAAUGACGAUGACUGGCGAUCAUGGAGGAGAUAGUGUAGACGAAGUUAGAGCUGGGAUGAUGGUUUAUUCUCCGGGAAAAAAAAUUGAGCUACGCUCUACGUACCAACAAAUAGAUAUUGUUCCUACAAUAUCCCUGUUAUUAGGGCUUCCAAUACCUUAUUCAAAUCUCGGCACAGUAAUUGAAGAGUUGUUCGAUCCGUCACUACGAGAGACUGUGGUCAAUUUGAAUUAUGAUCAAAUAUUGAGAUUUGCCAAUGCUUAUGCUUCCAAGAACUAUUUUGGAGAUCUUCUUCAAGCCAUAUCUCGGGAAGGCUCUUCAUCGUCAGAACAGAAAUUAAUAAUGAUGAAGAUCCAAUCAGUGCUCCGAGAUAGUUGGACUCAGUUUGAUUGGUCGCUGAUGCGUGUAGGACUCAUUUCUUUGCUGGAAGUGGUUCUGUUCAGCUUAUCUGAUAGGCCGCUAGCCACUCCUGUAAUAAUCGUCCGUAGUGGAUGUUUAUUACUGCAAGGAGCAAUUCUCCACGCAGGGGCGGAACACAAUGCAGCUUUUCCUUUGCUUCUCGUUCCACUACUGAUUUCUAUACUGUACUCAGUUAGUUAUACGAUAUUUCGCUUGUAUCCAUUCCGCUGCUCGUUCUCAGAAUAUUUCUUAGCUUUCGCCUCUUUCCUUUAUCCACUCUCAUUCUUCUCAAAUAGUUAUAUUGUGUAUGAAGGACAUGUCACUCGAUUCGUUCUGCAGUCUGCAAUUCUAGUCAUAUUCAUUGAAGAUGUUAUCGAGACCGUCAGAAAAACUGGUGUGAAAACUUACGGAUUGCUCCUCACCUCCAGAUCCACAUUAUGCUGUUUAACAGCCCUUUUCAUUUGUCGUUUAGAGCCACUCUUUCAUAAAUGCCGUGAGGAAGAAUUGGGGUGCCAAACCUAUUUCCCAACCGAAAUAUUCGGUUCUUUGUCUUCUGAGUUACAAAUGGUGAGAGUGACAGUGUCGAUAGUUUCGCACAUUGUUUUGAAUGUAUUCCUCUACCAAACAUUCACUUCUAUACCGAUGAGUUCCUCGCUAAGACUCGCAUGGACACUUUCUCGACCUGCUUUAUUUUUUGUUGUCCUUCAUGAAAUGGUUACGAUAGCUUCUGAGACACACUCUCGUUACAGUAGUAUCAUUGUCUUCGUUGCCCAGGUUGUUUACUGUUUCAGUCUUCUGUCUUUCUUGCUAGCGUUAGCUGAGAGCAGAAAACACCGAUCUGCGUUGAUUUGUGCCAUCUAUUCUUUAAGUUGGUCAUGCUCAAUUCUGUUAGGAAAUGGUUUGACCCUAUCCCUCAACCUGUUUUUGGUUUUGAUAGGAGUGGUGUUCCAAGUUAGCUCGCAAAAACAUUUACCUUUGCUUUCUUCAUUAUUGAUAUCUUUCGGGUUUUACUACUUUGGUCAUUCGCCAACGUUGUCAGCAAUACCUUGGCAAGCUGCAUUCGUUGGACUUUCUGGAGACUUCCCAUAUCAAGCUUUACCAGCUCUUCUCAUAAUCAUUCACAUAUGGACUCUUAAUGUUUCUCUCAUUUUAUUCAGAAAAUCUCCAAAAAUAUAA